GAGUAUUCCCCGCUCCCGCCUGCGCGGGUGCCAUGCUUACUCCCAAAUAAAAAAUGGGUAAAAAAUAUACCCCAUGUCAAAAAAGCCCACAAAAGCAACAAUAUAUUCCAUAAUUGAAAACUACCCUCUGCAUAACAAUCCCCGCGCUCGUCCUUACGUUUCCCCCCUUUCAUUUCUCUGAGUCCGAUUCUCCAUUUCUCCUCUUAUUCUCACUCCCCUACGUGUUUCUGGUAACAACAUCAACACUCCUUCACUUUCAACUCUCUCUACAACUUCCACUAGGGUAAACACACCUCAUAGCACUUUCCACAAUGAAGCCAGAGUUGUACGAAAUCUCCGACGACGAAUGGGAGAACCACUCCUUCAAACCCUCGCGGGUUCUGAAGCGACCUCGCACUUCGUCUCCUCCUUCUCCGCCACCCGUCGAAUCCUUCGCUUACACCUCCACCUCCAAGGUCGACGUUUCAAGCGAAAACGACGAUGACAGCGAUUGCGUCGAAAUCGCGCCGGAAGCCGCCAAUUUCCGCCAGAAUCUCGAUGACCUCGAGGACGCUGAUGUGGACGACGAACCGGUACCGGCGUCCCGCGGCCGGAGGUUCAUAAUCGACGAGGAGGAGGAGGAAGACGGCGAGGAGGAGAACGGGGGAAGGGACGGACACGUGGCGGAAUUGUAUGAUGUUGAGUCGAGCGAGGAGGAGGUGGUGGAAGAGGAAGUUGAGGAAUUGAAUGAGAACGACGUUGUUGGAAGGGCUUUGCACAAGUGCGCGCGAAUCUCCGCGGAGUUGAAGGGCGAACUCUUCGGUUCCUCCGGGACCGCGUGCGAGAGGUAUUCCGAGGUGGAAUCUUCGUCAGUGAGGAUCGUGACUCAGGAGGAUGUUGAUGUUGCGCGCGGGUCGGAGGAGGAUUCAGGUUUUAAGCCUCUGCUCAAGCCGUAUCAGUUGGUUGGCGUCAAUUUUUUGCUCCUACUGUAUCGGAAGGGGAUUGGAGGAGCCAUAUUGGCAGAUGAAAUGGGUCUUGGCAAAACAGUUCAGGCCAUCACAUAUUUAACUUUGUUGAAACACUUGCACAAUGAUUCUGGUCCACAUCUUAUAGUAUGUCCUGCUUCUGUUCUGGAAAACUGGGAACGGGAAUUAAAAAGGUGGUGUCCAUCCUUCUCUGUUCUUCAAUACCAUGGGGCUGGACGGGCAGCAUACUGCAAGGAGUUGAACUCCCUGUCCAAGGCAGGAUUGCCUCCUCCAUUUAAUGUUCUUCUUGUGUGUUAUUCACUUUUUGAACGACACAGUGCACAGCAGAAAGAUGAUCGCAAAAUCCUGAAGCGGUGGAGGUGGAGCUGUGUGCUGAUGGAUGAGGCACAUGCUUUGAAGGACAAAAAUAGCUUUAGGUGGAAAAAUCUAAUGUCUGUUGCAAGAAAUGCGAACCAACGCUUGAUGCUGACAGGGACACCACUUCAGAAUGAUCUACAUGAGUUAUGGUCAUUGUUGGAGUUUAUGCUGCCUGAUAUUUUUGCUACUGAAGAUGUUGACCUAAAAAAGUUACUAAAUGCAGAAGAUGGAGAUUUAAUUGGUCGUAUGAAGUCCAUCUUAGGGCCAUUUAUUUUGCGGCGACUGAAAUCUGAUGUGAUGCAACAACUUGUUCCAAAAAUACAGCAGGUUGAAUAUGUUAUAAUGGAAAAGCAGCAGGAAACUGCUUACAAGGAAGCCAUUGAAGAGUAUCGUGCUGUUUCACAAGCUCGGAUGGAAAAAUGUUCCAAUCUUAAUUCAAAGAGUGUUCUUGAAGUUCUUCCUCGACGACAGAUAAACAACUAUUUUGUUCAGUUCCGCAAGAUAGCAAACCAUCCCUUGUUAAUAAGGCGAAUCUACAAUGAUGAGGAUGUCAUUCGCUUUGCUAGAAAGCUACAUCCGAUAGGUGCUUUUGGUUUUGAAUGUACUUUGGACAGAGUUAUAGAGGAGCUUAAAAAUUACAAUGACUUCUGUAUUCACCGGCUUUUACUUCAUUAUGGUGUCAAUGAUAGAAAGGGGAUCCUUCCAGAUAAGCAUGUUAUGCUUUCUGCAAAAUGUCGGGCCUUAGCAGAACUUCUUCCUUCACUAAAGGAGGGUGGUCAUCGAGCCUUGAUCUUUAGUCAAUGGACUUCAAUGCUUGACAUAUUGGAGUGGACUUUGGAUGUCAUUGGAUUGACCUAUAAACGGCUUGAUGGAAGUACACAGGUGGCGGAGAGGCAAACAAUAGUUGAUACGUUCAAUAAUGAUACUUCAAUAUUUGCAUGCUUACUUUCCACGAGAGCUGGUGGACAGGGCUUAAACUUAACAGGAGCCGAUACAGUUGUAAUUCAUGACAUGGAUUUUAACCCACAGAUUGAUAGACAAGCCGAAGAUCGGUGCCAUCGAAUUGGUCAGACAAAGCCUGUAACCAUAUAUCGGCUGGUGACAAAGGGAACAGUUGAUGAAAAUGUGUACGAGAUUGCAAAAAGAAAGCUAGUAUUAGAUGCUGCCGUUCUCGAGUCCAUGGAGGAGAUUAAUGAAGGUGACAUGCCCGAGAAGACCAUGGGAGAAAUAUUGUCUGCAAUUUUAUUGAGUUAAAAUAUUGAUCUAAGAAAAACAGUUUAAUUUAUCGUCACUCCUUUCCUAUAGUUCCAAUCUUGAAUUAAUCUGUUGAUUUGGGAUAGAAGAGAACUGGCAGCCUACAAAUUAGUGAGAUUCUUCUCUCCUAAUUAUGUUUUUUUCUUUAACUCGAGAUUUUGUUUAAAGGGAUCGAAUACAAUACAAUAUCAAUUGACCAACCACUUGUUGGUUGGAAUGAGGUGUUUAUACCAAGAAAAA